UGCCCACAGCACCUCAGGCACUCACUCACACACACACACACACACACACUCACGCACACACACCCCCGGCUCAACCCCCAGUAUGGCCGCAUCCACCAUGUCCCUCUGCUCCAGUGAUCUGAGCUAUAGCAGCCGGGUCUGCCUGCCCAGAUCCGGUGACUCUUGCACUGAUUCCUCCUGGCAGGUGGACGACUGCCCAGAGAGCUGCUGUGAGCCCCCCUGCUGCGCCCCCAGCUGCUGCGCCCCAGCCCCCUGCCUGACCCUGGUCUGCACCCCAGUGAGCUGUGUGUCCAGCCCCUGCUGCCAGGUGGUCUGUGAGCCCAGCCCCUGCCAAUCAGGCUGCACCAGCUCCUGCACGUCCUCGUGCUGCCAGCAGUCUAGCCGCCAGCCGGCUUGCUGCACCUCCUCCCCCUGCCAGCAGGCCUGCUGUGUGCCCGUCUGCUGCAAGCCUCAGGCCUGCUAUGUGCCCGUCUGCUGCAAGCUUGUGUGCUGUGUGCCUGUCUGCUGUGGGGCUUCCUCAUGCUGCCAGCAGUCUAGCUGCCAGCCAGUUUGCUGUGCCUCUUCCUCCUGCCAGCAGGCCUGCUGUGUGCCUGUCUGCUGCAAGCCCGUCUGCUGCAAGUCCUUCUGCUGUGUGCCUGUGUGCUCUGGGGCUUCCUCACUGUGCUGCCAGCAGUCUAGCUGCCGGCCGGCUUGCUGCACCACCUCCUGCUGCAGACCCUCCUCCUCUGUGUCCCUCCUCUGCCGCCCCGUGUGCAGCUCCACCGGCUGCGUGCCCGUCCCCUCCUGCUGUGCCCCCACCUCCUCCUGCCAGCCCAGCUGCUGCCGCCCGGCCUCCUGCGUGUCCCUCCUUUGCCGCCCCACGUGCUCCCGCCCGGCCUGCUGA